GCUCUCUGCCCCCCCCAUCAAUCCUCUAGCCAUGGACGUCAUCCGCAAGUACCUGAAGUCGGACCUGCCGCGCUACCUCAAGGGGCUGCCGCUGCCCCGCACUUUCUCGGGCUUCCUAAAGCUCAAGCAAGACGAGUGGCUGUACCUGGCGCCGCUGCUCAUCACCAUCUUCGUGCUGGGGCUGUCGCUCUUCGCCGGCAAGAGCAGCACCAAGCCUGGCCGCGUGAACCGCAAGGUGCAGCUGGAGAAGGAGAAGGUCGUGGACUUCGUGUCCGUGCCCGACGUGGAGGACGUGAUCAAGGAGAAGGGCAAGUGCACGGUCUGCCGCUGCUGGAAGUCCAAGAAGUUCCCGUUCUGCGACGGCGCCCACAUGAAGCACAACAAAGAGACGGGCGACAACGUCGGCCCGCUCGUGCUCACGGCCAAGAAGGACUAAGGAGCCUCCUGUUAGAGCAGACUGGCGUUGCCCUUUUAGCUGGAGCGUCGACUGUGCGUGCUGCUGUUAUGUGUGACUGAUGGUGCUUGCUUCGGAUAAAAGCAAACAUGGUCCAUUCACAUCCUCU